AUGGAACUAGCAGGAAUCGUCGUAUCUGGCGUAGGCUUACUGGCUCUGGGGAGCACGGUCGAAGACAUCUUCAACAAGAUUACAGCCUGGAGGCAUCAAGGAGAAGACUACAAGCACCUGAGUCUGCAGAUUGAAUUGGCUCAACUCGCCUAUCAGCGCUGGCAGAAGACCGUCAAGCUAGUGGAACCAAAUGCUGCGACGGCUCCUGACAACCUGCCGUACGCUUCGCCACAGGAGGCGGAGACGGUCAGAAAGCUUCUUAGUGCGAUAAAAUCUGCCUUUCGAGACGUCGWGAAGACAUCCAGACGAUACGAAACAGAUGGCGAUGAGGAUGAAAUCAACGAGAAGACAUCACCAAGGAAGAUCCUCAAUGCAAGGGCUCAAGCAGCCACUAGAGCUCGUCAGAUGGGCAAUGAAAUGGUGAACAGGGUGAAAUGGGUUGUGCACGACAAGAAGGCUUUACAGACACUUACUGAGAGAGUGAGUGCCAAUGUCUCGCAGUUGGUGGAAUUGUUUCCAGACACCGUGCGGAUCCAGAAAGCUCUUGCGAUCCUGGACCUUGCGAGAAUUGUCCCCGCGGAUGAUAAGAACGAGCGACAACACCUCUUCCAGGUGUUUUCCGCUGCUGCAAAAGUGGACCCGAUUCUGCAGGCCUCCGCUGGUGAGAGCAUCAAGAUGGUGGAUCAGAGGCAUCGAUAUCUGAACAUUCGUGCCACAGAGAAUGGGCAUAUUAUGAAUGGCGACCAGAUUGCUGCUGGAUCGGCUGUCCCGACUGGUCCAGGACAUUUUUAUGAAGAUAUCUCUGCCUCUGGCCACUCCCUCAUUCUGAAUGGCGAUUCAGUUGGGAUGAAGAGCAUUUUCGACGAUUGA